CCCACCCCCGAGGCCGGGCCGCCCACACCGAGCCGGGGCGCGCACGGCGGCCGUCCCGCCUGCCACAAUGCGCGGCGAGGCUGCGGCCGCCACUUGGCGCGGUCGUCGCUGAAGUCGCGGCUCUGCAUCCUCAGCACCGGCCGGCCUGACCCGCGCCCCCGGGGACCCCGCUCGCCCGCGCGUCCCAUGCGCUCACUGCCCCGAGCCCGGCCAGGCGGGCGCCUCGCGGACGCGGAGCCGCGCGGCUGACGGCUGAGGCGGCUGCGCGCCCGGCCCAGCGCCCAGCCCGCGGAGAGGGCGCGCCGGUCCCCGCCCCCGUCCGCUCUCCCGAGGCCGCGGGUGCGGAUGCGCCGCUGAAGACUCGCAGCGCCUCGCAGUCUCGCCGGCCGGCCGGCCGAAGCCGAAGCAUGGCAGCCGCCGCCUACGUGGACCACUUCGCCGCCGAGUGCCUCGUGUCCAUGUCGAGCCGCGCGGUCGUGCACGGGCCGCGCCACCAGGGGCCGGAGCCGGGCCCCGAGGGCGCGGCCGCCGCCGUGGCAGCCACGCUACCCCGCGUCGACGAGCGCCGCGACGGCAAGGACAGCGCCUCGCUCUUCGUGGUGGCGCGGAUCCUGGCGGACCUGAACCAGCAGGCACCGCCCGCCCCGGCCGAGCGCCGGGAGGGCGCGGCCGCCCGGAAGGCGAGGACCCCCUGCCGCCUGCCACCCUUCCCGGAGCCCGCGCCGGCCGCGCCCCUCAGCCCCGCGUGGAGCGAGCCCGAGGCGGAGGCGGCGGCAGAGCGGGGCCCGGAGCCCGAGCGGGAGUCGGGGGCCGCGGGUAGCGGCGAGCCCGGCCCAAGACAAAGGGGCGGCCGGCGGGGCCGCAGUCGCGCCGACCUCGAGUCCCCGCAGAGAAAGCACAAGUGCCACUACGCGGGAUGCGAGAAAGUUUACGGGAAAUCGUCGCACCUCAAGGCGCACCUGAGGACUCACACAGGUGAGCGGCCCUUCGCCUGCAGCUGGCAGGACUGCAACAAGAAGUUCGCGCGCUCGGACGAGCUGGCUCGGCACUACCGCACGCACACGGGCGAGAAGAAGUUCAGCUGCCCCAUCUGCGCCAAACGCUUCAUGCGCAGUGACCACCUGACCAAGCACGCGCGGCGCCAUGCCAACUUCCACCCUGGCAUGCUGCAGCGCCGCAGCGGGAGCUCCCGCACCGGCUCGCUCAGCGACUACAGCCGCUCCGACGCCAGCAGCCCCACCAUCAGCCCGGCCAGCUCGCCCUGAGCGCCUCCCUACCCCGCCCGGACCCCCACGGCCAGGAGCCGCCGCUCUCACCUCCUCUCCCUCAUCCCAUCCGUGUCUUCUGUUCGUAAAAAGAAAGAUUUGAGCGGCAAAACACAACGUAAAACGAAACCAACCAAUUUUCUUCACCUCAGGUGUCAGCGUGAAUUCGUUUAAAAAAAAAAAAAAUGAAAAAAACAAAACCUUUUUUUCCAAAACCACCACUUGCACAAAGGACAGGCCCGGGAAGGAGAGAAUCGAAUCGGCGGCUCGUGUGUCGCAGCCCUUUCUCAGGGAUGGACCUGCCCCCCCCCCCAGGUCGGGGAGGACCCUCCGUCGCCGCCUUACUCUGUACAUGGAUUUGCACUUGGAGUUGCGUGGGCCAGGGGCGCAGGGUGUGUCAGUGACUUGUGCUUCCAGGGCCCCAUCCGCCCAGACUCAGGACAGAGACGUUUCAGAGGGUGCCUUACGCCCCCAGCAUACGCCUCCUGGCCCUCUCCCUGGGGGCCGGUACACCCUGGACACAGAGGUGCCAGCCCGGGGUGGGCAGACCCCUGCCCUGUCCCGUAUCUAGUAUGACCCAGCUCUUCCGCCCAGGCCAGUCGCUCCCCUGUGGCCCACAGAAGGACCAUCCGCUGAUGUGCUGUGGGCUCUGGGACACAAGACAUGGAGCCUGGGGAUUCUAGUCUACCACACAGCUGCAGGAAUGCCCUGUGGGCAUCAGACUCCUAUGGUUGGCAAGGGCAGCCCCCACGUGUGUGGCUGCAAUUGCAGGAGGCCAGGACAUCAUGACAGGGGGUUUUGGGGUGCGGUGCAGUGGAUGUCGUGGGAACUGUGGUCAGCUGGCGUGUGAUCCACUCAGUCUGCUUCCUCCCUGGGGAAGGAGACAGAACAUUGUGGGUGGGGCUCAGCCUGGAGUCAGCCAGCCUCAGGCUUCCCCAGGACUCCACAUCCUCCAGUAGUCCCCUCCCACCAGGAAGCACCCCCCCACCCCCCCACUGCAGAGCCAUUCACAUUAUGGAUGGGGAGAAGAGGUCCGGGCAGAGGUUCAAGCCCCAGCUCCUUCCCCAGCCUUCUCCUUCCUCUCCCCCCCCCCUCAGUUGGGGCCUGUAAAUACAUGCCCUCUUCCCCCAGGAUGAAGUGUGUGUGCGUGUGUGUAGGGGGGUGGGGGUGGGGGGCAGGCUUGGGGUAUGCUGUAGAGACCUCUGCUCAUUUUGUUGAGAGAUGACCCUAGGGACCUCAGAGGGCCACAGGUGGGCUACCUGGCCCAGAGUGCCUUGGUUGUGGCCACCAGCUUCUGUCCCACCCAACCCCAGGCCCGGCUGGUGCCCCACGUGGAUGGUCAGCCACUGGGGGGCAGUCUGCUGCUGCCAACACGCUGGGCGCCAUUGCUAGCGCUGCUGGGGGACUGCCAGUGGCCUGGGGGAGGACCCUGAGUGGCAUGGUGGGUACCAGGUGAAACCAUGGGGGGGUAACCAUGGAAGGGGGCUGUAGAGCUUCCUUCGGGCUGUGUGACUCUCUCCCCACCCUUGUGUUGGGGGGGAGGGGUGGAGUGCCGUAUCACCCUGCGCAGAGAGUGCCCUGGGUGCUGGGAGUGAAAGGUCUCAGUGCCUAGUCCCAAAGCCUAGAGGUCCCUCCCAAAGUUGUUUCUUGGUGAGGCCCAGAAAGCCACACUCUGAACACAUUUCAUGUCUCAGGAACUCACAUUCCAGGUUCAGGAAUUUUAUUCCAAAGUCCUUUAGUACCCUCCGCCCCUCUGGUUCCCAACGGCAGGGAGAGGGAGCCUUGCCUCCUUGUGAUCUGCCCCGGGAGGCUGGGAUGGUCCAGACAGAGGGCUGUAACCCGUCUGCACAUAGGAAGGGGGGAAGGGACUCUAAACCCAGUCAUCUUGGAAUAAAAGGAGGAGUUGGUUUGUCUUAGAGGCGGGGUGGGGGAGGGCGGGGCAGGGAAGGGAAGCGGGGUUUCGCUGUUUCCAAAGAGAGCACUUAAUUUAAUUUUUCCUCUAAAUGACCCAGGGCUGUUCCGUCUGAUGGAUGGAAGGGUAACAUUGCCUUAAAACAGAAAGAUGCAGGCGUUGGCUAUUUUUGGCAAAUGAGCAUGUCUUCAGUCCCAAAGUGGUUCUCCUUUAACCACAGGGUGCCGCCCCUCCCUCGGGUGGGGGGGGGCAGGGAGAUUGGGAGGGGGUUCGGGAACUGCUCUUCUGGCUCAGGGCACCUGGAUGGGAUUCUCCCGGGCCACCGGGUCCUGGGGUUAAAGUUCAUCUCACUGGUGGGUGGGGCAAACCUCCUCUCCUGGGUUCAGAUGGGUUGGGGGGUGGGUGGGGUGGAGUCUCCCCUGGCUCAGCCUUCCAAUCUGGCAGAUCCUCCCUGAGCCUGGUCCCUGGACCGUGUGCAAGUUCUAAGCUGCGUCCGGUCUUGCUAGGCUGGGUGCACCUUGGGGUCUCUUACUUCUCUGGCUUGUCUCCACACUUGCCAGCUUCCCUGUGACUGAGCACCCUGCAGGACCCCUCUAUGUAGAAGGAAAACUCAGACCUUUGCUUUCCGAUCAAGAAAAGAGUAAGCGACCCUGGUCUCGACCUCAAAACCCCUCUCUUCAUCAGCCAUUAUCAGGGGGUGCUGAUGGGCUCCCACAUGCUUGCCUAAUCCUAACAGCCAUGAGGGAGGGCAGCAGGCUCCGCCCCUUUUGCACAGGAGCCCGGGUCUUCCUGUCGGUGCUACCUAGGAGUAGGCAUGGUGCCCCUGGAGGCACUUGGGAUACGGGGCCCCUACCUUUAUUCCCAGGUCUUGCACCAUAGUGCAGCCUCCAGGUGCAAGCAGUCCGUAUGUCACCAGGCUCUAGGUCACAAGCACAGACCAAAGGGGUGAUCCAGAGGUAGGGAAGAGGCAGCUGGUCUCCGCACACCCCAGCCACGCUGGGAGGUGGCCCCCUGUGUGGCGGAGCUGGGUUCUCCCGGCAGGCCUGCUCAGCCUGGUGUCUCCUGAGGCGAGUGCUAAGAUGGACAGCACAGGGUAACUCCCCCCCCCGGGGGGGACCGCAUCUUGACCUCAGCAGCUGUGCCACCGAGCAGGGAGGGACUCGAGACCCGAGCAAUAGUGUCCCCAUACCUCUCCACUCCCAGCGGGGCUGUUUUGUACAAGGCUACCUAUCAUUUUGACUUCUGACAGAUUGCUGAUUGUUUUUUAUUUUCAACCCCCCCCCCUUUUUAAAUCAGUCAAAAACACAAAACUUACAGGCUCUGGGGGUCAUCACAGUCCAGUAGGGAGACCACCCUCAUCUUGUACUCCGAAGGCCCCUCCCACACAUGUCUUGCGUGGCCCAGUUUCCCACAGUUCAUUGAGAUCAUGGAUGUGAGCUCACCUGGGGUUCAGGAUCAAUCUGAGAAGAACCAGGUCUUGGAAUGGACGGACAUGAAUCUGAGGCAUAGCCAUAGAGGUGUGCCCUAGACGCAUUACAGAGUUCUGCACCAGGAUUUGGGGUGCACGGCUCUGCCGACUAAAGGUGCCCCCUGCCCUCACACCACACAUUCCCUAUGUGAGGGGACACAGCAGCUUUCUCUCAGGGCCCCGGGGGUGGGGUUAUCUUCCUUCUGACAAGGCCACAAGCGCACACUCUAGGAGCAAGGGCUGCAGUAGCCCCUGGGAGCGGGCAAGCAGUUCGGGCCGCCAUAUGCAGCCAGAAAACUGGGCAUGCGCAGCUCCUCUGCUCUCACCUUGGAGAGUGUGAAGUCCCGCGAGAGGUUGCGUGAGGGCAGGAGCUUGCAUUGCUCAGUUCUGCACUGUCCUGUGCUCGUGUGUUAGGUGCAUGCACCGGGGUCGGCCCCAGACCCACACAAUGACCCCUCCGCUGUCUAAAGCCAUUGAUGGAACUUCUCUGGAAUCAUUUGCCAAAGUCCCACGGCAGAAUCCAAGGGUCCAAAACCAUUUCCAUCAAGCACACAUUUUCCUUUUCUGUAGGAACUUUUUUUUUUUUUAACCAGUACCACACCAUGCUUGGGAAGGCCACAUUUCAUCACUGCCCGGAUCACUACAGUGAAGUAUUACAGUUGUACAGUUUCCCCAUCUGACCUUGGCUUGCUCAGAUCAAACUUUGUAUGUAUUUUGUAUGGCAUAGAUUCUAUAUUGUAAUGAUGUCCUAUGCAAAAAAAAAAAACAAAAAAACAGGAAAAAAGAAAAGGAAAAAAAUUAACGACAUUGUACAUUUUGUUUUAACGUGUAUGCAUGUUUAGUGACGUUUACAUUUUGAAAUAAAGUUUAUGAUUCAUUA